UGCUGCCGCCAUUCCUUGAAAAAGUGUGUGUCUAGUCGGACGCGUAUAACACGAGAAGAAAUUGUAGUUGGAAGUGAAGUAACAAAUUGCGAUUAAAUAAUUUCAGUGCAUUUUUAAUAAAAAAAUACAAUAAAGAUGUCUAAAGCUCCCGCUGUUGGUAUUGAUUUGGGUACUACCUACUCCUGCGUGGGUGUAUUCCAACAUGGCAAGGUUGAAAUUAUUGCCAAUGACCAGGGUAAUCGCACCACUCCAUCAUAUGUUGCCUUCACCGAGACAGAGCGUCUGAUUGGUGAUGCUGCCAAGAAUCAGGUUGCCAUGAACCCCACAAACACCAUUUUCGAUGCCAAACGUUUGAUCGGUCGUAAAUUCGAUGAUGCUAACGUGCAAUCAGAUAUGAAACAUUGGCCUUUCGAAGUGGUCAAUGUUGACGGCAAACCAAAGAUCAGUGUCUCCUACAAGGAUGAGAAAAAGACUUUCUUCCCUGAAGAAAUCUCAUCUAUGGUGUUGACUAAGAUGAAGGAAACCGCUGAGGCUUAUUUGGGCAAGACAGUUACCAAUGCUGUUAUCACCGUGCCUGCUUACUUCAACGAUUCUCAACGUCAAGCCACCAAAGAUGCCGGUACCAUUGCUGGUUUGAACGUUUUGCGUAUUAUUAACGAGCCAACUGCAGCUGCUAUUGCCUACGGUUUGGACAAAAAGGCUGUUGGUGAACGCAAUGUGUUGAUUUUCGAUUUGGGUGGUGGUACUUUCGAUGUGUCCAUUCUCUCAAUCGAUGAUGGUAUCUUUGAAGUUAAGUCAACUGCUGGUGACACACACUUGGGUGGUGAAGAUUUCGAUAAUCGUCUCGUCACCCAUUUCGUUCAGGAAUUCAAGCGCAAGCAUAAGAAGGAUCUUACCACCAAUAAGCGAGCUCUACGCCGUCUACGUACCGCAUGCGAACGUGCAAAGCGAACAUUAUCUUCUUCUACUCAGGCCAGCAUUGAAAUUGACUCGUUGUUCGAAGGUGUCGAUUUCUAUACCUCCAUCACUCGUGCCCGUUUCGAGGAAUUAAACGCCGACUUGUUCCGUAGCACCAUGGACCCCGUAGAGAAAGCUUUGCGUGACGCCAAAUUGGACAAGUCUGCUAUUCACGAUAUUGUAUUGGUUGGUGGUUCGACCCGUAUUCCCAAAGUGCAGCGUUUGUUGCAAGAUUUGUUCAACGGCAAAGAGUUGAACAAGUCGAUCAACCCCGAUGAGGCUGUUGCUUACGGUGCUGCGGUACAAGCUGCCAUCUUGCAUGGUGACAAGUCACAAGAAGUGCAAGAUCUGUUGCUUCUCGAUGUUACUCCCCUAUCGUUGGGUAUUGAAACAGCUGGCGGGGUGAUGAGCGUGUUGAUCAAGCGUAACACAACCAUUCCAACAAAACAGACUCAAACAUUCACCACUUACUCUGACAACCAACCUGGUGUGUUGAUUCAAGUUUAUGAAGGUGAACGUGCCAUGACAAAGGACAACAAUUUGCUGGGCAAAUUUGAGCUUUCUGGAAUUCCACCAGCACCACGCGGUGUCCCACAAAUUGAAGUGACCUUUGAUAUUGAUGCCAACGGUAUCUUGAACGUAACUGCUCUGGAACGUUCCACUAACAAGGAAAACAAGAUUACAAUCACAAACGACAAGGGUCGUUUGUCGAAGGAGGACAUUGAGCGUAUGGUGAACGAAGCUGAGAAAUACCGUUCCGAAGAUGAGAAGCAAAAGGAAACAAUUGCUGCCAAGAACUCGUUGGAAUCUUACUGCUUCAACAUGAAGGCCACUUUAGAUGAAGAGAACAUGAAAACCAAGAUCUCCGAAUCGGAUCGCACUACCAUUUUGGAUAAGUGCAACGAAACCAUCAAGUGGUUGGAUGCCAACCAGCUGGCUGAGAAAGAGGAAUAUGAACACCGCCAAAAGGAAUUGGAAUCUGUAUGCAAUCCGAUCAUCACCAAGUUAUACCAGGGAGCCGGUGGUGCUCCUGGAGGAAUGCCCGGUGGUAUGCCUGGUGGCUUCCCAGGAGCUGGUGGUGCUCCUGGUGCUGGUGGCGCUGGUGCAGGCGCUGGACCAACCAUCGAGGAAGUUGACUAAACAAUUAGUCGAAACAAUAUUAUGCAAACACAAAAAUAUAUGAGCAACAAUUCUAAAUAAAGCGAAUGUUUCAAUAUA